GUAUGAUUUAAAUCAGUGUUUUGAAACCCAGAUCGGACCGGCCGGUCCGACAGGUUCGACCAGCACCCAGAGCAUGAAACGGGCUGGGUUGACCCCAGGCCCGUUUGGACGGUUGGCCCGUCCAAACCCGGGGAACCCGUUCAACCCGUCCAGCCCGGCAGACCCGGCAAACCCGCCGGGCGAAUUCCUCCAGGCUGGACGGCACCGACGCACGCAGGGCCACGCACGAUCUGCAAUUUUUUUUUUUCCCACACCCACAGUCGGGGUUUCUAAUUUUAUUCCAUUCCAUUCUCAACAAAAUCGGACUCCACAGCAUAGCAGAUCUGAUUCACCAUCGUCCUCCUUCUCGACGUCCAUACAAGCAGCAGAUCGGGGCAGCAGAUCGAAGAAGAAACCACAACACAAGGCAGUAAAGCGGGGCAGCAGAUUGACGUUCAUCGUGUCUCCAGCAGCAGCAGCAAGCAGCAGAUCGACGUUCACCCAACAGCCGUGACCCACCACCAAAGGCCCUCACCGUCCGUUCGAGGGUGCUGCCGGUAAACUCACUGUCACAGGCUUUCAACUUCCUUGCAAUUUCUUGAAACGGUUGGAGUUGGACAAUAUCUGUUUCUCCACUAAAAAUCUGAAAUAGAAAUCAAAUUUGAGG